AUGCCCAGCCAACCGCCCCUCCCCCACCUUCUCACACCGUAUAUAUGCUCGCCUCCUCCCUCGUCGCUCACAACCGUUUCAUCCGUACUAGGUGCUACAGGGAACUGGCUUGUAUUGCGAUUCUUAUGUGCGGCACUUAAUGCACCUCCUAACUCCUAUUCUGGUCCUGGGAUUGUCGGGGCCGAAGGUGGGAGGAAGAAAAAAGUUGUGCUUGUGAGUUUUCUGCGGAGUUGGGAAUUUUGGAGAGCGGAGGCAAAAAGAUUGGGUCUAGAUCUAGCACGUCUUACAGAAAAACGGCAGUUUGCGUUUGUCGAUGGGCUUUCAGAAUUGUUCUCCCCUCCACCUGCUCCAACGUCGUCACCAGCGCAAUCACACUAUCCUGGGGCUGGCCCAACACCUCGGACAACCCUCCCUACUCGUUCAUAUCCUGGUAUCACCCCCCAUGGUCUGUCACCGACGCGCCAGCCACCUCCAUCAGCAAGCCCUGGUACCCUGUCACAUCAGCCUGCAGAAGAAGCCAGUCCGAUGAAGCGACUGCGCCUAUCAGGCAACGGUAUCGCAGCUAUAGAUGGCUUGGAAAAGGACAUCGUUGCAGUGAUAAACCAGCUGAAGACCUCAAAUCCUGGCGAAGAUGGUGGUGAAUCCGAUGUUCUUCUGAUCGUCGACCAGCCGGAUCUGUUACUUGCAGCAACGGGACCAAAUAAAGGAAUCGGUGCUACGGAGAUGGGGGAGUGGAUAAUGGGACUACAACAGGCUGCGGCAGCGACUAUUGUAACAGUAUCCUCAGAUUCGCCAUUAAUUCAUAAUGCAUCCGCAUUUGUACAUCAGGCAGCGACUCCUUUAGAGACGGAACAUGCCGCGUUUACAGUUGAAUUGGCUUAUCGGGCAGAAAUGGUUAUGCAGCUUCGGAACCUGGAAACUGGUGCGGCUAGGGAUGUUAGUGGCGUCCUCAGAGUUAGCAAAGGAGGGGCCUGGGGUCAUAAGGAAAGCGCUGGUGAGGAAAAUUGGGAGGAAAAAGAAGUAUUGUACUUCGUCCAGAGAGAUGGGGGGGUAAGUGUGUUCGGGCGUGGGGAAUAA